ACGGGUAAGUAGCAAUGGAAUGGAAUGGGAGAGACAGAGAGAGAGAGUGUGCAUCUGCGUAAGCACCCAAAACCAAUCAGAAAGAAACGCAGCAAAUUCCCCGGGAAAAAGAACACCGGCGGCCAGAAAGCACAAGUGGUGGUGGGUUUCCCAAACGCACUGGACCCAUUUCCUUCUUCUUCAACCUCUGAGCCUCGUCAAGGCCCUGAACCUCAAGAGCAGAAAAAGAUUGCUUCCCUUCCCCACCUCAUCUCCUCUAAUAAUUGCUAUUGUGAUGGAAAGGGAUCCCAUAAACUGCCGUCGGCUGACAAUUGUAAGACUAAGGCCCGGCAAACGACGACAUCGAUGUUGGGAACUCUCGAUUUUGGGACUUCCACACCUCAAAAUGGAGAGAAGAGGCGAAGAAGAGGUAAGCCGUUAAGUUGUUUGACUCUCACAGAGACGGAGAACCCUUCCUUUUAUGAGUCUACCAACGAAGUGGAAGCGCACCCACCCCCACCGAAGGAUGGGGAGGGGGCCAUGGCCGCUGCAUUAGUGAAAAGGAGGAGGACAAGAAGCGAUGGUAGACCGCCGACGACAAAUGGAAGGAAGAAGAACAAGAAGAAGCUAAGUAAUAAUAAGAGCCAGCAAUUGCAAGUGGUGUCUCCCUUCUUCCAUAAUAAUAAGGCGAUCUCCUCAGCGGAAAAGCUGACGCAGAAUUCCCCUCCACUGCCCAAUACCCUAAUUAAAGAGAAAAUUAGCCGAAUUCUACUCAAUUCCCCUUUCUCCAGGUCGUCUUCUUUGUCAGGAGAAGAUGGAAAAACUAAUAUAGAAAAGGCAGCUAAUGAUCUGUCGAAGAACAAAGAAGAUUGCAAUGGGGUACCAAAUGGGGCGGAGAAAGCACUACUCUUCUCAUCUGAUUCUCAUUCUUAUGGGACCGUGAAAAUAGAGGAUAAGCCCGAUGCGGAGGACGCCGGCAUUGACGCUUCUCCAUCCAACAAGAGGCAAAGCAUUGAGCGGCAGCCACCUAAGGAAGCACCGGAAAACGUUCGCGUGGUUUCUUCUUACUUCCAGACCCCAACACUAACAGUGCAGCAGCAACAACAAAGGAGAAAGGUCGACUACACAACACUAAAACCGCACAGCAAGGCUAAGACCCGCCGUCCCAACAAGAAGAAGGUGGUGGUCGUUUCCCCUUACUUCUGCAAUGUUGCCACCAAGGAAGAAGAAGAGGAAGGGGGGAGUUACGAUGAGUUCACAAGUACUAGUUGGAACAAUGACUGCAAGAGACAGUCCACUAAUAAUGCCCCUGUCCUUUCGGCUUCUCAGAAGCUGGAUGAAGCUUACCGAAGAGUGACCCCUGAUAACCCGUGGAAGCCUCCACGCUCCCAUUUUCCUCUUCUUCAAGAAGACCAUGUCCACGAUCCUUGGAGGGUCUUGGUUAUUUGCAUGCUUCUUAACCGCACCUCCGGUGCACAGCACCAAGGACGUAUGAAAGGAGGAGGAAAAGGGGAGUCGGAAGGCCACACGAUUUUCUUUGAUGGGGGUUAUUAGUUUCUAUUUUCAGUUUUAAUAGUUUCUAAUUUCAGUAGUCUCUAAUUCCUAGUUUCUAUUUCCAGGAGGAGACUUGGUUUUUGAGUUAUUCAAAAUUCUCUAUAUUUUUGUGUUUUAGUGACCUGUAUUAUCCAGAACUGAGAUCGAUAGAUCUGUUUUAGUUCCUAUGUUCUCUUGGACUGUGGUUCAUGUUAAUAAGUUGAUUUUGAACC